CUCUUGCGGAAUUUGGUAUUCACUUAAAAUUUUCCGCACAAUUCACGCCCAGCUCGUUCCUGAGUGGAGAGUGCUAGCGAUUACGAAAAGUGCGUAAUCAGCAGGGGUAGUCGGUUCAUUCAUGACAGUGGAGCAGACUGUUUGUCGCAGGGCGGAGAGCGGGAAUUAACAUCAUAAUGGCGAAAAGAAGGAUCACCCAGGAAACAUUUGAUGCGGCAGUCAAAGAAAAUAUGGAGGAGUUUGAUAUGGCUCCUGAUGAAGCUUUAAGGGAGGCUGUGGAGCAGUUCGAGUCUCAAGGUGUGGAUCUCAGUUGCAUAGUAAAAGCUGUACCAGCUGUGUCAUCUGAUGACAAAAAGGAAGAGCAAGCACAUGAGGUCUUACAGGCAUUGGAUUCCCUCCAAAUUGGAAAAUGUGUUUUGGAAAUGAUGCCAGACAUUAAGCGCUUUACCGAGCAGUGUUCACUUCAAUUUGCCCAGAGGUAUCUGGCUGCCCAAAAAGAUGCCUACCCCACCAUCCUUUCCUACUGCAAAAAGAGUGUGGAGGAGGGGAACGAAGCUGUGUUAACUGCCGUGUCGGCUUUGGCAGCCUUGAUAGAUGGACAGCCAGACCUGUUGGAUGCAGAAGGCCAACAUUUCCUUUUGGAUGUUCUUAGGAAGUACCAGGCAGAUUCCUCUGUGAUAUGUGUUGCAGUCUGUGCUGUACGGCACAGCUGUUUGAAACAUGAACAGAACAGGCAAGAUUUAGUUAAAGCUGGUGUACUACCAUUGCUGACUGGUGUCAUUACACAACACACUGGAUGUGCAGAGCUGGUGAAGGAGGCCUCUGCUGCUCUCAGGGUCAUGACAUUUGAUGAUGAUGUUCGUGUUACGUUUGGCCACGGUCAUGAACAUGCCAAAAUGAUUGUUCUUGAGCACAAUGGGCUGAAAGUUUUGAUUGAGGCUGCAAAAGCUCAUCUUGAAAAUACUUCUGUUUUGAGCGAAAUAUGUGCAACUUUGUCCCGUCUGGCUGUAAGAAAUGAGUUCUGUCAAGACAUCUGUGAUCUGGGAGGAUUAAAACUCAUCAUGACAUUGCUUGCAGACAGCUUUGAGUCUGCGGUAGAGUACAAUAAAAUAAAAAAUAACUAUGAAACUGAGGCUGAUUUGAUAUUGAUGUUUGUUCUGGUCACUUACUCUGUUUUGCUAUUACAGGACCUGGCCCGGCAAGUUCUAAGUGCAAUUCGAGCCAUAGCAGGAAAUGAUGAUGUCAAAGAUGCUGUUGUUAAUGCUGGAGGAGUCCAGCUUAUUGUAAUUGCCAUGAACAGACAUAUGAGCAACCCCACUGUGUGUGAGCAGGGAUGUGCAUGCCUCUCUGUCCUUGCUUUACGUAAACCCAACAACUGUAAAGUCAUCAUGGAGAAUGGAGGUGCAUUGGCAGCUGUGCAGGCCAUGAAAGCUAAUGCAGAUGCAGUCAAUGUACAGAAACAGGCAUGUAUGGUGUUAAGAAACCUGGUUUCACGUAUGCGCAACUACAGCCAACCAAUUCUAGACCUGGGAGCAGAGGCCCUUAUAGCCCAGGCACUAAAGACUCAUCAAGACUGUGGUGAUGUAGGAAAAGCAGCACUCAGAGAUCUGGGAUGCCAGGUGGAGCUUCGAGAGCUAUGGACAGGCAAACAUGGCAGCCUCACCAACUGAAGGUGGAGCCCAGACAGUGCCCCUGAGUUAUCUGAAACACAUUUUUAGUGUAGAUUAUAAGAUUUGGCAUAUGUAGCUGAAGGUAAUGCACACACCUCGCUAGACCCGUUUGUAGUUAGUAUAGAAGUGGCUUAGGAACAGUUUAAACACACCCGCCUUAAAAGGUUGCUGAUGUUUUACAGCCCUUCUUUUUUACGACUACAAGUUAAUUGUAUUCCUGUUGUAGAUUUUGCUAUUAUUAUGUUUAUAAAUUCUGAUGUCCAAGUUAUAUAUUUGUUUUAUGUUGAUGUAAAUUAUUUUUUUGCCAUGGGUGAAUAUAAAUGUUUCCACUCCAA